CGAUGAUAGUGACGCGGCGGUUGACAGCGCGACUGUUCUAUCAGCGUGUGUUUUUUAGGAGAGGAUCACCACGUCGAUUCUAGAGUCCGUGAACGGUGGGCAGGGUGAAUGUUACCGCGAGAAGCAUUCAUCGUUCGGGACACAUCUUAUAAGAAAUUCGAGGAUCCAUCGCCGGCUACUGCGUCGCGCGUCAACGCUUCUUGGAAUGUGACGGGGGACUCCCGGCGUGAGAAAUAUCGUAGAAAAGGGGACGCACAUCGACUGCUGAGCGGCAAGAGACGAUAAAUCAGCUGGUAUGUCAAAUAAUCAGCUGGUUGACUCCUGUCUACGCGUUCUCCAGGAAAAAGGUCCCGACAUGCCGCAAUACACCGGACAGAGUGAUGCAGAUUACCACGGAAGUAACGGCCAGGCGGACACCCAUUCGUUGCAUUCGUCUCACUUGUCUGUCCAGGAGGAUCCGUUGCUCAUCCGGAGCCAUAAGCAACAGACUAAUCAACAAGUGACAAGCGUGUCGAAGGUGGUGCGCGAGGUGUCACACAUGGAGCCAGACCCGGGGGCGGUCAGCUACAUGUCGGUGCCGUUGAUGUCGCAGGACUACCAGCACGCGGAUCCACGGUAUCCGACCGACGCGUACAUGGUCGGGUUCGAGCAUUACGAGCCGUAUCUCGGUUAUCCACCGCAGCCAGGUUAUCCGGGUCCCCAUGGCAUCUACAUGCCGCGCUCGCAUUCACCCCACAGCCCUCACAGUCCUUCGGAGCACAGUCGGGCCUCACCUCCGCAUGAAUACCUGCGUAAAGCGGCGCCGUACGUGGAGGGUGGUUACAACGACAUCGAUCCAGGUCUGAAUCCAGCUCUGCAGGAUCACUAUCGUAUCACACCUAGUCCAGGCGGUCCCGGAGAUCAAUAUGAUGAGAGCAAAGUGCCCUACGGCUACGUGUCACCGUCCCCAUACGGACCAGUCGGUUAUGGGCCAGGCGUUGGGGUGGGCCCAGUCGCAGUUCCUAGCGAUGUGCCCGGCUACGACGAGGGCCAUCCGGUGGUCCCGUUGUCGUCGGGCGUACCGCCAGGGAUGUUCGAGGACGAGGUUCACCUGCAACGGUUGCAAUCGCGACACCCGGUGGUCCCUGGUAUGGCCAGCCCGUUGGACGACGAUCAGAAGUCGAUGAGAUGGCGUGAUCCGAAUCUGUCCGAGGUGAUCGGUUUUCUGAGCAAUCCGAACAACAUCAUCAAGGCGAACGCGGCCGCGUAUCUGCAGCAUCUUUGCUACAUGGACGACCCGAACAAGCAGAAGACGCGAAGCCUGGGCGGUAUACCGCCGUUGGUGCAGCUACUCGAUCACGAUAAUCCCGAUGUCUACAGGAACGCGUGCGGCGCGUUGAGAAAUCUGUCGUACGGGAGACAGAACGACGAGAAUAAAAGGGCCAUCAAAAAUGCUGGAGGAGUGCCGGCUUUGAUCAACUUGCUACGCAGGACAUCCGAUGCCGACGUGAAAGAACUGGUCACUGGGGUGCUGUGGAACCUGUCGUCUUGCGAGGAUCUAAAGAAGUCGAUCAUCGACGACGGCGUGACGAUGGUGGUGAACAACAUAAUCAUACCGCACAGUGGCUGGGACCCGAGCUCGUCCAGCGGCGAGACAUGCUGGUCGACCGUGUUCAGAAACGCUUCCGGGGUGCUACGAAACGUCUCGAGCGCCGGCGAAUACGCGCGGAAAAAGCUCCGCGAAUGCGACGGUCUGGUGGACGCGUUGCUCUACGUGGUACGGUCGGCCAUCGAGAAGUCGAAUAUCGGCAACAAAAUCGUCGAGAACUGCGUUUGCAUACUCCGUAAUCUGAGCUACCGUUGCCAGGAGGUGGAGGAUCCGAAUUACGACAAGCAUCCGAUCCAGUCGACGGUACAGAACAGGGUGGCAGCACCCGCGAAAGGUGAGAACUUGGGUUGCUUUGGGGGUAGCAAGAAGAAGAAGGAUGGUCAGCCAGUACAGAAGGAGACCACAGCCUCGCGUACAACCAGUCCCAGAACGGAACCGGUCAGGGGCAUGGAGCUGCUCUGGCAACCGGAAGUGGUUCAGUCCUAUCUGAAGCUUUUGCAGACUUGCUCCAAUCCGGAAACAUUGGAAGCGGCUGCUGGAGCCCUUCAGAACCUGGCGGCUUGCUACUGGCAGCCAAGCAUCGAGAUUCGUGCAGCCGUGAGGAAGGACAAAGGACUUCCAGUUUUGGUCGAGCUUCUACGAAUGGAGGUGGACCGUGUGGUCUGCGCAGUGGCCACAGCUCUCAGAAACUUAGCAAUAGACCAACGCAACAAAGAAUUGAUCGGGAAGUACGCUAUGCGUGAUCUCAUCCAGAAGCUACCAUCUGGAAACAACCAGCACGACCAGGGAACGAGCGACGACACGAUCGCCGCGGUUCUAGCCACUCUGAACGAAGUGAUCAAAAAGAACGCAGAAUUCUCACGGUCGCUGUUGGACGCGGGCGGUGUCGAUAGACUAAUGAACAUCACCAGGCAUCGCCAAAAGUACACGCCUCGUGUUCUUAAAUUUGCAGGACAAGUCCUAUUCACAAUGUGGCAGCACCAAGAACUGAGAGACGUCUACAAGAAACACGGAUGGAAGGAGCAAGAUUUCGUGACGAAAACAGUGGCAGCGCGGAAUUCAGGGCCUAAUUCACCCAAUAAUGCAAAUAGCACUCUGAACCGGCCAAUGGCGAGCCAAGGGAGUACCAGAUACGAGGACCGAACGAUUCAACGAGCGAAUAUGAAUUCUAAUAACGUUGGUCGACCGAAUAUAUAUCAGUCUCAACCGAAACCCGGUGAGCCGCUCUACGCGCAAGUUAACUUGGAGAAGAAAAAGAAGCGGCAGUAUGAGCUGGGGGUUGGCCAGGGACAGGGUCAGGGCCCGGUAGGUUCUGGUGUGGUGGGCGCGCUGUCGGCCGGCGCGCCGAACGCCGCCGGCCAAUGGGUGGCCGACGGCGGUGUGGUCGGUGUCCCGCCGGACGGCGGUUCGGCCGCUACGUCGACGGUGAACGUACCGCCGAACUCGACCGUGGCUUCCGCCGGGGACUCGUGGGUAUAA